UGAUUUAUUCCAUUCGUUUCACUUGUAAUUGAUUUCGCCUUGUAACGAGUCGAUCAAAUUACGAGCAACAAAGAAACGCGAAAAGUAAACGAAUUUAAUCAAUUACUAAAAAGAUGCCACGCGGAAAAUAUCCAAAUCAUAAAGGCCGCAGCCGUCAAUUUACUCCAGUCGAGGAGCUUCAGCGCGAACGUGAGCUGGAGGUAUGCAUAAUGUCAUCGCAGCUCAAGAAGUUAAACACAAGCAGUAGCAGCCUUGAUUCCGUCCGCGAGGGAGGGAACAACAGCGAUAAAGGCUCCGAGAUUGGAAAUCUGGCUGGCCGUGUUAAUGGGAAUAGUAAUAAUAGUAGUAAGAGUAGCGCCAGUGGCAAAGGCAGAAAUGGCACCACCAAGGGUCGCAAGCUGGGCGGAGCUGUUGAGGGGUUGAUUGAGAUAUCGAACCCGAAUCGCCCCAUUAAGAAGUCUCAAAAACUGGCUCUACUUAAUGGAGAUGACAAGGGCAAGACCACUGAUGAUACAUUGCUAGAGAAGCGUCGACGUGAGCGUGCUCGCGAGAAGCCGCGCUCCAAUUCGAAUCAAAAAACGGCCAGCGAAGCCAGUGCCGAUCUCGCUCGUCUUGCCAUCGUACGCAAGAAACGCGAAGAGGCUGCCGAGCAACGUUUGGCUGCCAAAAGGGAGAGUAACAAUCCUUCCGGGGAUGGGGCAACACCAAACCCAUCCAAAUCUGAUAUAUUCAUCAAGAAGAAGAACAACAAACACAAGUCAGCGACCAUGGUCGGGGGAACCAAUGAAUUCCUCAAGAAACCCAACACCGAAGAGAAUGUUAGCAAAUUUUUGAAAGGCGGCCGCCAUGGCAACAAGCUAAAAGAGGGAACCCACAAGCACUUAAAAGAGGCAAAAUAGAAAACAAAAACAAAAAAAAAAAGAUGAAAAUAACGUUAACACAUGGAGGAAAAUUAACACAAAUCAAAGUAGGCUAGCUCAGAAUUGUUGGGACCAACAUAUGAUAUAUACAUACAUGUAUGAAUAUAGUAUAUAUAUAGCUUAGCCUUCAGUCAUUUCGAUUUCAUUUCACGUUUAUUUCGAUUUGUAAAUUUUGAGUUACCUACACGAAUAAAACAAAUAAAAACUAUAGCAAAAUUAUUUUGUAUUCAAACUGGUGCCACUCCUGCUUUACGGUGGAUGUAAUCAAGUGUGUGUGUAUACAUACAUACAUAUGUAGAAAU